CUGCAUGUAAACAGUGAGAGCAGUCAGGGGCGACACACCUAGUUUACCUCGCCGUCAUCUGCCUCGCUUCUACUCCUAUUUAACCUCUUUUUCUCUACUCACCUACAGUUUAGACUUCUCUUUUUUUUUGUUAACCCCCCCCAAGUUUUGGCGUUAGGAUCUGCGAGAGUGGAGUCUCAAAACUUUGCAGGUGGCUGUGACUGGUCACCAAAAGAAGGAAAGAUGUCCCAAGAGUCAGAGGAAGUAUCACCUAACAAUCAGAGUGAAGAAUAUGAUGAACCUGCAGUUGAAUCUGAUCCUGAGGAAGAAUCCAGAGCCGACGCAGAUGAUGGUGAAACGGAGGAUCUUGUCAUCCUUGACCCCAAUGCAGUGGAGGUAGAUCUGAAUCACCGUCGCAUUGCCAAGAUAGAAAAUCUGGAGUCGCUGACGUGUGUAGAGACGCUUUGUUUGCGAUGGAAUCUUAUAAAAAAAAUUGAAAAUCUUCAUACGCUUACCAUGCUCAAAGAGUUGGAACUGUAUGAUAAUCAAAUUCACGUUAUUGAAAAUCUAUCUGCACUAGUCAAUCUUGAGGUUCUUGAUGUCUCUUUCAAUCGAAUCAGAAAAAUAGAGAACUUGGAGGGGCUAACCAACCUGAAGAAGCUGUUCUUAUGUGCUAACAAGAUAUCACGGAUUGAAAAUGUCAAUCAUUUAAGAAAUCUGGAAUUACUUGAACUUGGGGACAACAAAAUAAGGGUCAUUGAAAACCUAGAUGGAAUGACAAAUUUAAAUAGCAUCUUCUUGGGCAAGAACAAAAUUAUGAAGUUACAAAAUCUGGACUCGCUUAUCAACCUUGAGAUACUGGGUGUACAGAGUAACCGAAUAACCAAGAUUGAAGGUCUUGGUAGACUCGUCAAUUUGGAGCAGCUUUACUGUUCUCAUAAUGGCAUAGAGGUUCUGGAAGGUCUUGACAAUAAUGUAAAGCUUCAAACCUUGGACAUGGCUGUUAACAGAAUUAAAAAGAUUGGAAACAUUAAUCAUCUUACCGAGCUAGAAGAAUUCUGGUUUAAUGGUAACCAGAUCAGCGAAUGGAAUGACUUGAAGCAGCUAGAAAAUGCCAAAGGUUUACAGACAGUUUAUCUAGAGGGAAAUCCUUUACAACGUGACCCUAAUUACCGUCGCAAGAUCAAACUGGCCCUCCCAUCACUUACACAAAUUGAUGCUACUCUUUGUCGAUAAAUUCUGAAGCUGGAGUACUGACAUUCGAAGCUCUUCCUUUAGUCUCAAAAACUGCCAAAUUUUUCAUGAUCUUUACUGUCUUUAAGUGUUAGUCAUACGUUGCACUUGUGUCGACACAACUGUGGUCUCUGCUGUCGUGUUUUAUAGACAACAUGUUCACCCAGUUUUGUAGUAUUUGUCAGUGAUAAUGUUGAUAAAGCUUCACUAUAAACUUUCACCCCACUUUUGUAGUCUUUGUCAGUGAAGCUGUUGAUUCAGCCUCUCACAAACCUUAAAAAAUUAAUAAGAAAAUAAAUUUUUCACAAAUUUUUGUAGUAUUUGUCAGUGACGUUGAUACAGCUUUUUACAAUUCUGUGUUUUGGUGAAGAAAGCAUGUGACACUUUUCUGAAUAUAGUUAACUUUGCAAUUGUCUGAGAAUAUAUUGCCAUAUUGAUUGUUAUUAUGCAAUAAUGAACGUCAUUGUUAAUUUUUUAUAAUAAGCCAGUCAGGCAGUUAUGUGAAUAAAAUCUUUAUACAGUAUAUGUUUGGGAUAUGACUCGAGCAAGUAUUGUUUUGUUACUUCAAUUGCACAUACAGUACUGUAUAUGUAAAUAUUAUUACAAAGGUUAUUUAUCAUAUGUUAUCUUUCUUUAAUGCAUUUAUACAUAGCAUCAGUUUGAAGAAAUGGAUCUCAGACAAGCUCUAAUGGCUUUAAGUUUUGAAGAUCAGUUUAUUCUAUUGAUUCUGAUAAAUAUGAUAUAAGUAUUGAUUUUAUUGUACGGUGUAUGAAAAUACUUAAGAACACAUAACUUGACUGACUUAAUCAGUCAUGCAUAAAGGAUGCUAUUUUUUCAUAAUAGUAAAUUGUAUGGUUAAAUUCCUAAUCAACAAAAUUCUGGAUAGGAAAUUGAAUAUAUAUAACAGACCCUUAAUCCUGCAGCUAUAGUACAGUAAGAAGCAUUUUGUACAAUGGAUAUUGAUGAAAGAGGCAUUCUCUGUGCAUAGCACUAGAACAUUAAGAAAAUACACACUAAUUUAUUGAAUAA